AUGAACGCCACCUUGCGGGAGCCCGUCAUCGUCUUCGCGUGCGCCUGGUCGGUCACCGUCGCCGUCGCCGGCGUCCUUGGCAACGGCGUAGCCAUCUUGGCUCUGGCGCGCUCCUCGACUCUUCUCAAGAACUCUACCACAGUGUUCGUGCUGGCUCUGUGCGUGUGCGGACUCCUCAUCUGUGCUGCCAACAUCCCCCUACAGGUGGCGCUGUUCUUCGGUCGCGCGCUAGUCUACCCAGAGUCGCUGUGCGUCGCCGUAGCGUACACGUACUACGUGAACACGGGUGCUGCGCUCAUGUGUCUUAUGGCGGUGGCCGCCAACAGAUACGUGCUGAUCCUCGCGCCGACGUUGUUCGGCGCAUGGGGGCGCUUCGGAUUCUCGCCGUCGCUGCUGCUGUGCACGAUCGUGCCGACGUCGCCAGGUGGCCCCUCUGCGCUGACCGUACUUCCGUUCGUCGGCUUCGGACUUCCGUUCGUCGCUAUCGUCGUCUGCUACGGUCGCAUCUUCUGCGCUGUUCGCAGCAGCCGACGCGCCGUACACGAGCAGGUGAUGGCGUCGGCGUCCGCCGAGCGGCGCGCGCGUCGCCGAGCCUGUGACGAGCGCCGCCUGACGGCGAUGAUUCUCGUCAUCGCGUGCGUGCACACGACUCUCUACUUGCCGUACGCUGUCGUCAACGCGUUUGUCGACGUCGCCGACAACGCCGACAUGCAUCUGAUAGUCGAGGUGGCCGUCUGGGUGACGCACUGCGUCAACCCGCUCCUCUACGCACUCGUUAACGAACGCUACCGACACGCCUACCGCGCCCUGUUGCCCUGCUGCCGCAGUCCCGACGUCGCUGCUGCUGCUGCCCGAGAGGGGGCGCCACAGACGCUUCCCGACAGCACGGUUAAUGCGUCACAGCGAGGGAAAGCGGUCGACACCAGGGCGGCGCUGCGGGAGGGUGGCGGAGAGAGGAAGCCGGAGGAGGGGGACGGAGAAGGUGGUGGCGGGGAGACGGGAGCACCGGGAGAAGGCGGGGCGCAGCGGAAAGCGAGCGGAAAGAAUGUGGUGUUUGCUCUCAGUCCAGUGACAAGCUGGGUGAAGUGA